CCCUGAAUUAGCCCUAGCCCCUUUUCGGUCCAUUAGGGUUUUUCCAAGUUUAAGCCCAUUAACUCCUUCCCCUACCUCCAAUCGCCCAAAAAAAAAAACCCUAGAUUUGCAGUUGCAGAGAACUUCCGAUCGCCGGCCGAGCUUCUCUUUCUCCGAUUGGCGCUGCAUAGUUAGGUUAUUUCACAUUUUCCUUCAAUUUCUUUGCCCGUUCGUUCGACUCAGGACCUUUCUGUUUUGCACAAAGAUGGCUACCCCUACCAAUAAUGGCGAGCCACCCAGUUCUGAAACACAACCUAAUAAGCGGAGGAGAAAGAAAUCUAUAGUUUGGGAACACUUCACAGUGGAAACUGUUAGUGCAGGAUGUACUCGGGCAUGCUGCAAUCAGUGCAAGAAAUCUUUUGCAUACAUUACAGGAUCAAAGCUAGCUGGUACCAGUCACCUCAAACGGCACAUAGCUCUGGGAAUCUGCCCAGUUAGCCGCCGUAAUCAGGAAAGAAAUCAACUUUCCCCAUAUACCCCAGCCUCCCGAACUGGUGGUUCUGGAAGUGCUACUGAUGUGCCUAAAAGGCGUUACAGAGGAACCCCUGGAUUCACAAGCACUCCAUUUGAUCAAGACCGCUGCAACCAAGAGAUCGCAAAGAUGAUCAUCCAGCACGAAUACCCACUUCACAUUGUGGAACAUCCUGGUUUCAUUGAAUUUGCCAGGACCCUUCAACCUCAGUUCAAUAUGAUAAGCUACAAUGCCAUACAGGCUGAAUGCGUGGCUAUUUACUUGAGGGAGAAGCAGAAUCUCAUCAAUCUCCUCUGUGGGAUCCCUGGACAGGUCAGCCUUACUUUGGAUCUAUGGACUUCAAACCAAAGCCUUGGCUAUGUUUUCUUGACAGGACAUUUCAUUGACAGUGAGUGGAAAUUGAUUCGCCGUAUACUUACUGUAGCUAUGGUACCAUCUCCUGAUUCAAAUGUUGCCUUCAACCAUGCUGUGAUGACUUGCCUAACUGAAUGGGGUUUGGAGACCAGGCUAUUUACUCUGACUGUUGAUAGCUCUUUUGCAAAUGAAACAGUUGUUGAGAAUCUCAGAGGGUUACUCUCUAACAAGAACUCGCUUCUGCUUAAUGGUCAGCUAGUAAUUGGAAACUGCUAUGCUCGUGUUUUAGGGCGUCUUGCACAAGAUGCAGUAGAAGCAAUGAGAGUGACUAUUAAAAAAAUUCGUGAAAGUGUGAAAUAUGUGAAAACUUCAGAUGCCCAUGAAGAAAAAUUCUUUGAACUGAAACAACAACUUCAAGUCCCUAGCACAAAGAGCUUGUUCAUUGAUGACCUAACAAAAUGGGACACAACAUAUCAUAUGCUGAUGGCUGCCUGCGAACUAAAGGAAGUAUUUUCAUGCUUGGAUACUUCAGAUCCAGAUUACAAGGGAACUCCAUCGAUGGAUGAAUGGAAACAAGUAGAAGCACUCUGCACAUACUUGAAGCUUUUUUUUGAUGCCGCUAGUGUCCUAACUGCGGCAACAUACCCUACAACCAAUACAUUCUUCCAUGAAGCAUGGAAAAUUCAAUUAGAACUGACGCAUGCAGCAAUGAGCCAAGAUCCCUUUGUCAGUAAUUUGACCAAGCCACUGCAAGAGAAAUUUGAUAAGUAUUGGAGUGACUGCAGCCUAGUCUUAGCAGCUGCUGUGGUUAUGGAUCCUAGGUUCAAAAUGAAGCUUGUGGAAUUCAGCUUCUCCAAGAUCUACGGCGAGAAUGCUGAAACAUGGAUCAAGAUUGUUGAUGAAGGUAUUCAUGAGAUCUUUCUUGAAUAUGUUGCACAGACACUUACUCUUCCCUCAAAUUUUGUUGAGGGAAAUGAUGACAUUACCAAAACAGAGAUAGCUGAAGGAGAAAGCAUUAUCACCACUGGUGAUGGGCUUUCUGAUUUUGAUGUUUAUAUUUCAGAAAUUUCAAGUGGCCAGCAGAUGAAAUCUGAAUUGGAUCAGUAUCUGGAAGAGUCUCUUUUGCCUAGAGUACAAGAAUUUGAUGUUUUGGGAUGGUGGAAGCUAAACAAAUUGAAAUACCCAACUCUAUCCAAGAUGGCAGGUGAUAUAUUGUCCAUCCCAGUGUCCACUGUUGCUCCUGAUUGUGUGUUUGAUACUGUUAGCAAAAAGAUUAGUAGCUACCAGAGUUCACUCAGACCUAUGACAGUGGAAGCCUUAAUUUGUGCAAAGGAUUGGCUUCAGUUUGAGCCGUCGGAGUUUGCCAAUGCAAUUGUGAAAAUGGAAUUUUAGGUUUAUAGGCUUUAGUUUCACUCUUUUUAUCAUAUAGGUUUUUUGUCCCCAACAUUGUUUGUCAAAAGUUAAUUCUUUCUGAAUUCAUAUCCAUCCCCCAUUGGAUAUUUCCAGACCUAGAAUGCCAUUUGGUGCAUGGAUUAGGUGAAUUGCUCACUGGACGUGCAUUUUCGCCUUCCAUCCAAAUGAAGUAGUUCGGCCCAUAUGAAUUUUGUUACUUUUCCUGUGUUUGUACCAAAUGAUAUGUAUUUUUUUUUUUUGGAUGAACAAUUUGACUUCCUAGAUUAAUGUAUAGCUUUAAGGUGGAGCAUUUUGGAA